AAAGACGACGUCACCGGCACUUUCGGGAGUCACUACAGAAGCUGAGUCUGCCCCAAGCCAGCAUGAUCCUGACACUGCUGUUUGGCCUGGGGGGGCCCCUGGGCUGGGGGAUGCUGGGGACCUGGGCGCAGGCCCCUGGUACCAGUUUCUCUGAUCCACACAGCCCCCAGCCACCUGGGGUCUGGAGGGCAGAGGCGGAGGACUCCGGCGGGGACCCUGUCAGACGUAACUGGUGCCCCUACCAGAAGUCCAGACUGGUCACCUUCAUAGCUGCUUGCAAAACCGAGAAAUUCCUCGUCCACUCACAGCAGCCAUGUCCACAGGGGGCUCCAAACUGCCAGAAGGUCAAAGUCAUGUACCGUGUGGCCCACAAGCCGGUGUACCAGGUCAAGCAGAAGGUGCUGGCCUCCGUGGCCUGGAGAUGCUGCCCGGGCUUUGCGGGCCCCGACUGCCAGCACCACGAUCCCAUGGCAAUCCCUGAGCCUGAAGAUCCAGGUGAUAGCCUCCAGGAGCCUUGGGAUGGGCCAGUUGACUCUGAAUCUGGUCAUCCAGCUGCAGAGAUCCGCAACACAGUGGAGCAGCAGGAACGCCGACUGGGAGAUCUCCAGAAUGACAUCCAUCAGAUGGCAGACAGCCUCCCAGGCCUGUGGGAAGCCUGGGCAAGCAACCUCACAGUGGCCACAACUGAGGCAAAUCAAACAGAGCUUGGGUUUCCAGGCAGAUCCUUGGAGCAAGCGCUACUGCCCCACAUCAACACCUUCCUACAAGGACAUCUCAGCCCCAUGUGGAGAAGCUUCAACCAAAGCCUGCACAGCCUCUCCCAGGUCAUAAGAAACUUAUCUCUUGACGUGGAGGCCAACCAACAGGCCCUCAAGAGGGUCCAGGAGAGCUCUGUGGCCAGAGCUGACUUCCAGGAGCUUGGUACCAAAUUUGAGACCAAGGUCCAGGAGAACACCCAGAGGGUGGGCCAGCUGAGGCAGGACGUGGAGGACCGCCUGCACGCCCAACGCCUGUCCCUGCACCAGUCCCUCUCAGAGGUCCAGACUGACGUGGACAUCAAGUUGAAGAAGCUCCUUAAAGCCCAGGAGUCUGUGGGGAUCAAUAGCAGCCUGGUGCUGGCAGCAGCAGGGGCAGCAGCAAGGCCAGAGCCAGAGAGCCUGAACGCCAGGCUGGGCCAGCUGCAGAGGAACCUCUCGGCCCUGCAUGUGGCCACUGCCCACAGGGAGGAGGCGCUACGGAGCACCCUGGCAGACAUGAAGGCCACCCUGGCCCGGCACGUGGAUGAGAUCAAAGAGCUGUACUCGGAAUCUGAUGACACCUUCGAUGAGAUCAGCAAGCUGCAGCGGCAGGUGCAGGAGCUGGAGGUGAACCACACGGCGCUGCGAGAGCUGCGGGUGAUCCUGAUGGAGAAGUCACUGAUCAUGGAGGAGAACAAGGAGGACAUGGAGCGGCAGCUCCUGGAGCUCAACCUGACCCUCCAGCACCUCCAGGGCGCCCACGCGGACCUCAUCAAGUACGUCAAGGACUGCAACUGCCAGAAGCUCUACUUCGACCUGGAUGUCAUCCGGGAGGACCAAAGGGACACCACGCGAGCCCUGGAGGAGACCCAGGUGACUCUGGAUGAGCGGCGGCAGCAGGACGGCUCCUCCCUGCAGGCCCUGCGCGACACGGUGGCCUCCCUGUCGCUGGCCGUGGACACGCAGCAGGCAGAGGGUGAGCGGGCGCGGGCUGAGGUGGCACGGCUCCGGAGCCAGCUGCGUGCCCUGGAUGGCGAGGUGAGCGCGCUGCGGGCCGCUGAGACCGAGAUCCGCCGCGACAUCCGCCAGCUGCACAGCUCCUUCUCUGCCCUGCUGGAGGACGCGCUGCGGCACGAGGCCGUGCUGGCCGCUCUUUUCGGGGAGGAGGUGAUGGAGGAGAUGUCCGAGGAGGGGCCUGGCACGCUGCCCCUGCGCUACGAACAGAUCCGCGUCGCCCUGAUGGACGCGGCCAGCGGGCUGCAGGAGCAGGCUUUAGGCUGGGAUGCGCUGGCCGCCAGGGUGACUGCCUUGGAACAGGCCUCGGGGGCCCGCCGGCACACCGCGCGUUUGGAGCCCAGCCGGGACGCUUCACCAGAGGAGGUCGGUGGGCUGGCGCAGGAGCUCCAGCGCCUGAGCUCGGACAUGGAGCGUAUGGGUCGGUGCUGUGAGGCCGCCUGGGUCUCCUCCCUCAACAGCUCCCUCGAGGGCCUUCGCGGGGAGCUCUCCACGACUGAGCGCGGCUUGGAGAGGCACCAGCGCCUCUUCCACAGCCUCUUUGGGAACUUCCAAGGGCUCGUGGCAGCCAACGUCAGCCUGGACCUGCAGAAGCUGCAGGCCAUGCUGAACAGGAAAGGGAAGAAGCAGCAGAAAGGCCUGGAAGCUCCCAAGAGGAGGGAUCGGAAGCAAGUGGAAUCUUUAGAGGAUGCGCGUGUCAAGGGGCCAGCGCUUUGGGAGGCAGGCUCCCCUGUGGCCUUCUACGCCAGCUUUUCAGAAGGGACCACUGCUCUGCAGACAGUGAAGUUCAACACUGCUUAUGUCAACGUCGGCAGCAGCUACUUCCCUGAACACGGCUACUUCCGAGCCCCUGAGCGUGGGGUCUAUCUGUUUGCAGUGAGCAUUGAAUUUGGCCCAGGGCCAGGCACCGGGCAGCUGGUGUUUGGAGGUCACCAUCGGACCCCUGUCUAUACCACUGAGGAGCAGAGGGGUGGGAGCCCAGCAACAACCUUUGCUAUGGCUGAGCUGCAAAAGGGUGAGAGAGUGUGGUUUGAGCUAACCCAGGGAUCAAUAAUGAAGAGAAGCCCGCCAGGCACUGCAUUUGGGGGCUUCCUGAUGUUCAAGACCUGAGUACCAAGCACAGCUCUGACCAGACACUGUGGACUUGUCCAGCUCUCCUUGGCCUAGGGCUCAGGCCAGGGUUGGUCUGGAGACCAUCCAGUUGGUCUAGCUUUUCCCUGGAAACCUUCUGCAAAGACAGCAUGGUAUUUGUGGCCUCUCUCUAGACGCACCGGGUCUGGCUGUCUCUAAACAAUGAGGAAGGCUGCCAUGCUCCUCUCCGGGCAGGGCCUGGGCCGGGGCGUCUGCGUUUUGGCUGGGUCUGCCCUCUGAGGCAGCACAGCUUGGACUCCAGUUCUUGGCCCUAUCCUGGGUUUGGCAGCGUUUUGGUGUCUUGCUCCUCCUGUGGUUGGAAACUCACAUACAACACUUUAAACCUUUCUCCUGCUUCCUCUUCAUCUCAUGCUAGAAAAUCAUUCUUUCCCAAAAAGAAUAUGUUUAAAUGGAAGUGACACUUGGGACAGUACUGGAAGCUACUCUCUACCUGCUGCGGGGCCGCAGGGGGAAACCAACUGUGUGGUGACAGAAGACCUGGCCGAGUCAACCAAGGGAAACACAGAUUAGUCUCAUUCCUUAGUUCCAGUCCUUCCUUGAAUUUACCUGGUAACUUUACUCCCGUUUCUCCCUGCCUCACACGGGGUAAAGGCCAAGCCGGGACAAGCAUGAGCUAAGUGUAGAGCCUCUGCUUUUGCUUUCUCCAAUAGCUUAUGACCACCCCGGUUCUUAUUAUCAUUUCUCAACAGGAAGGUAGCUGAGAGAAGGAAGCUGGUAAAAUCUCCCUCAAUGAAUUGUCAACUUUGGAAUACAGUGAUGCCCUUCAGGUUUGGCUGGUUUGCAAAGCAAACCAGUAUGGAGAACAAAAAAUUUGGUGAAGUAGGUAGAGAUAUGGGGCAAAGUCAAACUACUUGGGAUGUGACUUCAUAAUUUCAGUUGUGAACACCACCUGAAACACUCAUAGGCCGCUGCAGUAUCCGCAGAAUACUGAAUCACACCGUGCCGCUGAGAGCUGUAAUCAUUCCUUCAGUAUCAGUGCAUGGUUUUCAGAAAGUUACAGAUCCUGAAGAGAAGAGGCUUGAGGAAGCAGUCAUCUGCGUGUCAGAAAACAGUUUUACUUUGGUAGUAGGUGUUUGUUAUUUGUGGCAUAUACCUUUGUCCAUAAGAAAACCAGACUGGUCUGGGUGAUGAAAAAGGACAGAGUUGCCUGUGAGAGUUAACAAGGUUCCUGGCCCCUCUCAUUGUUUCCCAGGGCUCCUGAAUUCAAAUAAUUUGCCCCUCAGAAUUUAUUUGCCACUAAGCUUGGUGUGCUCAAUGUGCUAAAAUAUCAAUGUUAAAAGGAACACUAUGCCAGGCUGCAUUGCCACUGACAGUUGGACCUUGGGGCAAAUCACAACCACUCUUGAACUUUUCCACCUGGGUAUGAGGUGGUCAGUCUACCAACUCUAAACAUGCUGGUGUUUUACUAUCUUGACCACAGGUUCGACUCUCGACUCCUCUGCCCUUCCUUCUGGCCAGGGCCUCCUGCCUCCUGCAGCUCAGCUGUAAAAGUAAUCCUGACACCAGAUAUGACAUGCUUGGGCCACUCCUGACCACAGACUGGAAAGCCAGUGCUGGGUCACCCUUGCUGCUGAAGACCAUUGCAGUGUCUUCUCUUUGCUCAGUCCUGCUAUUACGGGUCAGGCUGUGCUGAUGACAAAGUGAGACAUUUAGGGUAAUACAGCCUUAUCAUUUAAGACUUUCAUUUGGAAUUUACUGCAUAUAAUAAGCAGAGUGAACUGAUAUCCUCCAUAAGGGGCACAUGUCCUUCAACCUGCCUAUGGUGGUGCUGUUUAACAGGGAGGUUAUAAAUGAAGAGUGCUAACUGGUAAACUCUUCCAGAAUCAUGGAUAAAUCACUCCUGGUUUCUGGGGUAAGAACUGGAGACAAUGCUUCUUUUAGAUACAGUGCUUUCCGUGCAGAUUGCACAAAAUCUUAAUAUCAAGCAUAAAUUUUCGGUUUAAAUACUUCGGUAACUAGGCCCUCAGACUAUCAAGAAUUCUGAAGUUCAAUGGAUCUAUUUUCUUGUUAUGAUUUUUUUUUUUUUUACUGUGGACCAUCUUUAAGGUCUUUAUUGAAUUUGUUACAAUACUGUUUCUGUUUUGGGUUUUUUUUUGUUUUUUUUUUUGGUUUUUUGGCCAUGAGGCAUGUGGGAUCUUAGCUCCUCAACCAGGGACUGAACCUAUACUCCUUGCUUUGGAAGGCAAAGUCUUAAUCACUAGACUGCCAGGGAAGUCCCUGAUGGAUUUCUUUCUUCCAUUAAUGUCUCUGGGUGGAGUCUGUUUGAGUGCCCCCAAAGGAGACCCCCUGUUACUCAGGCAAGUGUUAAAACACCCUUCACUUGUGGCAUCCAGAACAAGACGAUGACUCACGCACAGAGUGGUAUCAGAAUUCCCUAAACCCAAUGGUAAAAAAAAUACCCCAAAAUACUCAAAAACAUCAUUGAAAAACAAGAAUGGUACCAUACGCAGAUCAGGAAAUUUUAGUUAACUCCUAUAAAACAGCAAGUACAAGGGAGCAACCACAAAAUGAAAUAGCAAUAGGAAGUCGUAACUCAAAACAUUUGAGAGAUGGGAGUGAUUUCAGGGGAUCCCUGAACGCAAACUCAGCCCUCCUCGGUCUGUGGAGGGGCAGUUGCGGCAGCCUGAGCUGAAUAAGCAGCCGGCAGCAGAGGCCUCCGUCUCCAGCUAGAGCUGCUGCUGCUGCUGCUGCCAAGUCGCUUCAGUCGUGUCCGACUCUGAGCGACCCCACGGACAGCAGCCAGAGCAGUGCCUGUCGGUCCCGAGCACAGUCACAGGGCAGCUACUGACACUUUAGAGGCAAGAACCUCCCACACCCAGAGGACACGUGUGACUUGAUCACAGUCAAGACUUCUGGAGAGAAUCCCGAGCUGUGUCUCCACAAACCACAACAUGUCUAACUCAUUUCAGAAACAUCGUCAAGAGGAUAUAUGGUCUAUUAAAAAUGUUUAUUAAAACUCCCUUUAAAAAAAAAAAAAACUCCCUUUAACUCUCAUACUCUGAAGCUCCUCUCCUUUCCCAUGAUGUUUAUCUCAAAAACUCCUCUCCCAGCUUCAGACUGAGCGUCAUUCCUCCAUGAAGAACGCUCCCCCAACCUGGCCUGACAAUGACAAAACUUUUCUGCUUGUCGAGGCAAACAGGCAGAGUGGGGAAAGCCUGGAUCCUCUUGAGGAGAUUAAGGAGAGGAAAGGAUUCCUUAUUUUUGUUCUAACAGCAAGUUCCAUCACUCCUGGAUAAAAGCAGGAACCCAAGGAACACAGAACUGGGUUUAGCAGGGAUUCACAAACACACCGAUGAGCAACUACCCCAAACUGCUAAACAUCUGUGGAUUCACAAACACACCGAUGAGCAACUACCCCGAACUGCUAAACGUUUGUGGAAAUCCAGUGUGCUGAACGAAAGGUUCCAGACUCAACAAACCAAAAGCUUUGGGAUAUAUAAAUCUCUAGAAACAUUACAGAAAAUUGGAAAUUCAACCUGAUCAUCUGCUACCUAGAUCCUGGUUUCUAAAUAUACUCCUCCCUAAAAGGAAGCAAAGAGAAAUGGCUAACUCAAUAGCAGGGGCAAGGAAAACACCAGAUAAGCCUGGAACGUCUUCACACGCCCCAAAGUAAAAAGUGCUCAGAAACGAUGGGUGCGUGUCACAAGGACUCAGCACCACCUUGAUGAACUCACAGUAGCCAAGUCUGGGUCAGUUUGAGCAUCAAAACAAAAAAUGACCUAACAGACAAUAACUUAUUGAAUGAGAGUCCAUACUGACAAUAAAAAAUAAACAAAAACAGAGAUUUAUUCCUUGUAGCAGAAUGCCAAUUAAUAAGUAUAAAUGUAAAAAUGGAAUCAGAAAAUCACCAGUCUGUAAUCACUGAUUCACGUAGAAGUUAUCAAUGGAUGUUAAAAUGCAGUCUCAAAGUCUCUCUCGUAACAUGCUAAGUACAAAAGGAAAACAGGGACUUAACAGCUGGGAAACUAGGGAGCAGCACCUUAAAAAGGGCUCA